AUGCCGGCCGUCCAGUUUCAGUCGCAGAACUUUCAGCACAUCUUGCGUAUGUGCAACACCAACGUUGAUGGGCGCCAGAAGGUCAUGUACGCCCUGACCUCGAUCAAAGGUACGAUUUUCUUUUUCUUUUUGUAACUCUAAAUUGGACUACCUAACCUUGAAAUCAGUCUUCAAAUCACCGAUGCUGUACGGCUUCGUUUAAAAAGUCUAUUGGAAACAUCAACAAAUGAAUCAAUAAAGGUAUUGGUCGUCGCAUGGCAAACCUGAUCUGCAAGAAGUGUGACAUUGACCUGAACAAGCGUGCCGGAGAGCUGACUACUGAUGACGUCAACAAGAUCGUCGCGGUUAUGACCUCUCCCCUGCAGUUCAAGGUCCCGGCCUGGUUUUUGAACAGACGCAAGGACUUCAAGGACGGAAAGUCCGUCCACAACAGUACCAACAACUUGGAUGGUGCUUUGCGCAUGGACUUGGAACGCAUGAAGCGCUGCCGUCACCACCGCGGUCUGCGUCACUUCUGGGGUCUGAAGGUACAAAUACAGAGAGCAAUUCUGUUUUCAUGGUUAUUGUUCAUCGUGGUCGUGCAUCUUGUUCUUGUCUACUCAUUUCUAAAUUUUCGUAAAAGCCCCCGCAUGCGUAGUCGAGAACGUAGCACGGAUUCUCGACCACUCUAUUUGUUUGUUUGGACGUCAAGUGUUGACUGCGGUCAGAGAGCGAGUUUAGUGGAAAGUUCCCUACUUGUUGCUGCGGACACUUUUGCUUGACGCACCACCCCCAGUAACAUGAUCUAUCCCUCACUAAAACUUCAACUACAGGUGCGUGGUCAGCACACCAAGACUACCGGUCGUGGCCGCUGGUUGAUGAUGAUGGCCAAGAACAACAAGGGUGGCGGCGGUGGCGCCCCGAUGGGAAAGGGCAAGAAGUAAGCGCUGCUUCGCGUCAACCUGGACCAGUGGAGCUGACUUCCUACGUCAUCAUCUUCAUGAUUGUCUUUUGUGGAGAAAAGCAAGAAAGAUCUCGAUUGUCUGUGACAGUGUGAUCGCUUGAAACUGCUCGCAAGAACCGGCACUUGAAUGACUUUUCCGUGA